CUUAUGAAGCUGACGAUGUGCUGGACGAGUUUAUGUACGAGAAUCUCCGGCAAAAGAUAGAGGUCGAAAACGAAAGGAAGAGAAAGAUGCAGGUCAUCGGAUCGAGGAAUUGGGAUGCUUAAAUCAACUUAGAGGAAAAUUAAACCUCUGGAAUCUAGGGCAUGUGAGAGAUAGAGAAGAAGCCCGAAAAGCAAAUUUAGAAGAAAAGGCCAAAAUAUACAAGUUGAGAUUUUACUGGACGAGACGGGGAUCGGAAAGAGAAGGCAACCACGAGAAUGAUGAAGAGGUGUUGGAAGGUCUCAAGCCUCACCGACAUUUGAAGAGCUUAGCAAUUGAUGGCUUUGGAGGAAAGAAAUUCCCAUCAUGGAUGUCUCUGCUAUUUGGCAAUUUGAUUGAGAUCGAAUUUGGCAAUUGCAGAAAAUGUGAGGUUCUUCCCACUCUUGGGCUUCUACCCCAUCUUACGGUUCUUACAAUAAAAGGUAUGGAUGGUGUAAGACGUAUAGGAACUGAGUUUUACAGUAACUAUAAUAAUGGAAGUGAUGGCACUAUAUUGUUCCCAGCUUUGAGAAAACUUGAUUUGAGUAGAAUGCCCAAUCUAGAGGAAUGGACGGAUGUGAUGGAGCCAGCAACAACAACAGGCCUAAUGGUGUUUCCUUGCCUUGAGGAGUUGAGCAUUCAAUUUUGUAACCAACUGAAAAGUGCUCCAUGUCUUUUUUCGAGUCUAAAGAAAUUACUCAUUAGGGACAUGUGUAGCACGACAUUUGAAAACAUUAUCAGCAAGCUUACCACACUCACGUCCCUCGAGGUUUGGAAUAUUUCAGGACUUGCUUGUCUGCCAGAGAAGUUAUUGCAAAAAAAUGCGAGUCUCAUGUCUCUGACGGUAGCGGGAUGGGCCGAUUUGGUGUCCAUCGUGUCACAUGAGGAUGUAUGGGCCUUCUGCACCUCUCUUCGAUCGCUUAAAAUAAAAGUCUGUUGGAAAUUACAAAUACAAGGUGUCCCAUCCCAUCUUCAACGCUUGGAGAUAUCUGGGUGUGUUAUUCUACCUACUGGGCUACAAUCAUGCACGUCUCUUACCCUACUAGAGAUUCAGCGUUGUGAUAAAUUGAAAUCAAUUCCAAAUCUAGGACAAUUGCGUUCUCUUACUCAAUUAAAAAUUAGGUAUUGCGACAUUUAG